AUGCUGGCAUGGCAGGACGGAGGGGCCAAGGCGGCUCCCUCCCACCACAAGAUCUCCUUCUCGGUCCUGGAUAUUUUGGACCCGCAGAAGUUCACCCGCACUGCGCUCCCCGCCGCGCGCCUCGCUCCCCGGGAAGCCAAGAAAAGUUUGGCGGAGGUCGAAGCCGGGAAGGACACCAGACCUGGGAACCGGGUCCGACAGCAGGAGACCUUUGAUACUACUGGCCAAGGCGCCGGUCCAGCGUCCCCCCUUGAGGGUUCCGAGGCCGAAGAGGAAGAGGAGGACGCAGAGGACUCGGGACCUGCGCGCGCUCUGGUGGGCCCCGCGCGCCCCUCCGAGGUCCGGGCGGCGGUGUUGGCGGGUGGAGAGAGCAAAGCGGACGGCGAAGGCGCCCUCAUCGGCUGUCCCAGCUCUCCUGGUUCCCCGAGGCCUCGGCGCCGGCGAGCUGAGCCCAGCUGCGCCAAGCCGCGGCGAGCGCGCACCGCCUUCACCUACGAGCAGCUGGUGGCCUUGGAGAACAAGUUCCGGUCCACGCGCUACCUGUCGGUGUGCGAGCGUCUGAACCUAGCUCUGUCGCUCAGCCUCACUGAGACACAGGUCAAAAUCUGGUUCCAGAACCGCAGGACCAAGUGGAAGAAGCAGAACCCGGGCGCCGACGGCGCGGCGCAAGGGGGCGGCGGUGCGCCUCAGCCUGGGACGCCGGGAGCGGCAGGGGGCAGCGGUACAGGAGGCAGUCCCGGACCCCCAGGCCCCGGCACUCUUUCCUUCCAGACUUUCCCCUCCUACUCCGCAGCCAACGUCCUCUUCCCGGCCGCCACCGCUGCCGCCUCCUUCCCCUUGUCCGCCACCGGGACCCCCUUCGCGCCCUUUCUGGGGCCCUCCUACUUGACCCCAUUCUACGCCCCGCAUCUAUGA